AUGAUUCGUCUAGGCACGAUUGUUGUCGGGCUACCUGAGGAGGAGUCAAGAGAUCGAAUGCAAAUGCAGCUAUGGUCAUGGAUUCCCUAUUGCGAUACUCAAAUCGAGAGUAACAUAGCUGCUAUAGAGCACUACUCAGCUACCGUUGAAUCUCGAAUGCCUCCUGGCUCACAUCUUCCUUUGCCUGACUUUACGCCGUUCUUUACCGAUACAGACCUGGACGCAGCUCAUGUGCCACAAGACUGCUUUAUUCGCUCAUUAUUGACACGAAGGUCCCCCCACGAUGAAGAGGCAUUUGCGGCACGUCAGCAAUUUAACAGCAUGCGACCUUAUGAAGAGGGAUCUAUUCCACCAGUCCUUUUAUUUACAGCUUCCGCAACGGUAAAUCUAAAUACCGAAAUUCGAUGGUUAUUUAACAAAGUGUAUGAGAACGGGGAAAUAGCCAUGAACGACGGUGAUCCUGUAAAAACAGGAUUAUACAGUGAGCCUACAUGUCGAUAUCACAAUGACACGGAGGAGACAGGUUUCCGUCUACUCCUUCCAUUUCCACUGAAUAGGGCGAAGUUGAGCAACGGAAGCCAGGUCAGGCCAGAUUCAUAUACACAACUCUUUCAACAUGGCAAUUUCCAUUGGUUUGGGGGAGAAUGGCGGUCGCAGAGAUUGGAGAGGCUUUUUAAGCGAUGGACAGAGCUGGUUGAAAGCGGGGUAUGGACAGUGGGUAAAAGAUGGCGUGGAGGGACUAAUUGA